AUGGCGCCGCCCAGCGGGCCGCUGACCCUGACGCUGGCCGGGGGCAGCGCCAUUGUCAGCCGCGGCGUUGGCAGCGGGCCGCUGGCGGGCCGCGCCACCGGCUCUGUCAGCGUCAGCUUCGCCGAGGCCAUGGCGGUACCCCCAGAGUUCUCGCUGGUCGGACCGUCGGUGGUGUGCUCGGCGGCCGACUCACGCGCCACCUACCGGGCGCUGACGCUGGAGGGCCUCGGCCGGGCGCUCACCUACACGUGGAACGUGACGCUGGAGGCGGACACCACGCUGACGCAGCGCACCACGCUGGAAGUCUGGCAGGGCAUCAACGAGGUCAUGGAACGCGAUGCGACGUACGGGACGGGAGCCGUGUCCGUCUACACCAUCAACACGUCACCGCUCAUCGCCGACGACUUCAACUACCAGGUGUUUGCGAAGGCGCAGACGUGGGCAGGCGGCUCGCGCAGCCUGUUCCGCGCGUUCCGCGUGGUCAGCUCGGGCCUCUCGGUGGCCGUGGUCGGCCCUGACCGCAUCGCCGCCGGCGGCCUCUACACCUACCGAGCGACGGCCGUCCUCUGCGGCGGCGAGCAGCGCGGCUUCAAGUACGCCUGGCGCCUGCCUGGGAUGCCGGCCUCGGCUCUGGAGGGCCUGGACAGCGCCACCCUGCGGCUGGACACGGCUCAGCUGGUCUGGCAGUCCGAGUUCGUCCUCACCUGCGUGGUUACCUCGAUGGAUACCGGAGAUGUGGGCACGGGCUCGCUGCGUCUGCGGCCGGUAGGUGGCGGCGUGCGCGCCCGGCUGCCGGCCGAACGACGCUCAGUGUCCGCCGGCCAGCCGGUCUUCCUGGACGGCUCGCGUUCGGCUGACCUGGACAGGCGCCCCGGCUCGCUCGCCUUUACAUGGAGCUGCCAGCUGGCCGACGGCGGCGGCGGCUGCUUCGUCGGCAAACCCGGGGCGCUGCGCCGCCUGGAGCAGCACCUGGGCCAGGAGGCCGUCAGCCAGCCGACUCUGCGUGUGCCGGCAGACCUGCUCGGCGCCGACACGUGGUACCGCUUCACCCUGCGCGUGGAAAAGAACAGUGAUGUGGACGAGGCCUCGACAGAGGUGUUCGUCGGGCGGCAGCGGCGGCCCAGGCUGUGGAUCAACCGAAACCAAGACUUCUUUAGCCCAUAUGAGCCCAUCUACAUUCCGGCUCAGGUGUCGACUGACUGGCGGGUGACGGUGCGCUGGGAGACAGAGUACGAGCUGCCGGCGGCCGCCCUCGACUCCGCCUCGUUCCAGCCCACCGACGUGGCCGGUGGUACCAGGCGCCGGCCGUUCGACCUGGUGCUGCCGCCGCUGGAGCAGCCCGGAGACCGCUGUAUGUCUCUGUCUCUCUGUGUCUCUGUCUCUCUGUAUCUCUGUCUCUAG